UGCCGAUUCUCAUGUUGGUUGGGAUUCCUGUGGUUCUUCAUCCAUCCUCUGCAAUGACUCGUCGACGCCAGGUUCAUGCUGGAUCCAAAACAAAAAUUCAACUUACAGGCACUAGAAGACACGAGAGAGCCACAACAGUAAAGAUGAAGGAAAUAUUUAAACUUCCUGAACCUAAGAACAAAGGUAUCAUCAAGCAAAUAAUAGGUCCAAAAGGCGAAAAUCUAAGACACAUGGAAAAGAAGGCUAGAAUCAAGCCUUAUGACAUAAGGCAAAAGAAAAACGAAGUACAUAUUAUUGGAAGUGAAGAACAAGUGGAACAAAUUAAAACGUUUUUGAAUGAGAUCAUAGAAAAAGAAUUGAAGCGGCAGGAAGAAGCAAAAGAUAAGGCUGCUCACAUAAGAGGUUCACAUAUCAAUAAGAUAAGAGCCGCAAAGAAAAUAGAAGACAUAUUGAACAAGAGCACCACAAGCACAGAUGGUAAAAUAAAAGUAAGUUUACCUCCAAACUGUGAACUUGGGCGUAUUUUUGGCCAACAAUUCUGUAACAUAGACAAGAUUAAGAGGGAAACAGGAGCUUGUGUAGAGGAGAUCAAGAAUGCAAUCUACAUCAGUGGGGAAGCCAGCAAGUGCAAGAAAGCAAUCAUCAUGAUAAAGAGCAAAGCUGCUGAUGUAUGCAAUAAGAAACCACCUCCAGAACAGUACAAUUUUCUACACGCUACUGGACAAUGUGCAGAUGACUAUAAAUUACAAGAAUUUGAUUGUCCCAAUCCUUCCUGGAAUGGUGAAAAGCACUUCAAAGUGUACAGAAUAGAUGAAGACAAGGGAGUACAGCACACUUCUGAAGACUUGAACACAGAGGAACUGCAAAAAUUUCUGUGUGAGCAACUGAAGAAAGUACAGGCAGAAAAUGCAGACCAAAAAGUCAAAGCUGAAUUGUUCUGUCAUUUUGGACACUUGUACAUUGGCAACAUUGAUGAGGAGUUACAAAAAAAGACCUACGAGUUGAGUGACCUGAAGAAGGAAUUCAAAAAGGACAAGAAGAAAGAAUCCUGGAGACUUCGCUUUGAUCCUGCCAUUAAGGAGUUGGAAUUUAAACAAUUAGAAGAGGAUUUGCAAAAUUGCAAUAAUGGAUAUAAAUGCACAGUUGAUCCUCAUAUUAGACAUGACUUUCAGUUCUACACUCCUUCAUGUACCAGUAUUCGGGCUAAAAUCUUCAUGGAUAUGGAUGGUAAUAUAGAUCCAAAGUUUUCUCAUCAAGAUAUAGACAUAAGAAAGCAUGGUCCCAAGCAAGUAUCCUCGGCAUCCCCAGCACCAAAGUAUGUGCUCUGUGACCAGUUACUAACCAGAGCUAGAGUGAAUAUCAUGAUAUUAUCAAAAGGAAUGGAUUGCCGUUUGGCUAUUCGUACAGUCUCGCCAACUGAGGAUCAAACCGGCAAAGCCGAAAUUUUUGAAAAAGACGUCACAAAAUACCUGGACAACGUAUCAAUUGUUAACAAGGAAGUGUGUAUGCCAGGAGACUCAGAAAUGCCAGGCAAUCCUGGUGACUAUUGUCUCUACUACUGGAGAAAAUGUCACCGAAGAAGCUACCCAUACAAAGCUGACGGAGAAGAAUUCUCUAUCACAAUAUCAGAGGAAGAUGUUAUGGAUGUCACUGGAAGUGGUCAACAGGAAUGUAAAACGGUUGACAUCCACCUUCACUGUGACGAAUGGGACAGGCUUCUCACAAGUGGAAAAUGGGAACCCGAACAGAUCGUGGAAAAAUUACCCCAGUUUUUAAAUUUUGUCAGAGAUGUUCAGGCUAAUAUUUCAGAACCUCCUGACAAAAAGUACUAAAUCACCAAGCUGUUGCUGGGUGUUUUCACAUUUGGUGCUCUAAGCAUGUUGCCUGGCCAAGUUCUCGCUGGAUACUAAAUUUAAACUUGUUACGGUGCCCGGGUGCCCGAGUACAACUCAAUCGACCUUGUAUUCGGACACCUUGUGUGAGCUUAGCUACGUUCCUACAUAGUUAGUAACUACUCGCUAUGGUUCCUAUAGUGUGCUGUGUUCUGCGAUAUCUUGCCCAGGUAGCACUUACUCAGGCACCAAGUGUCAAUAUACCCUCUGCGCCAGCAAACCAAGAGGUCACACAUACAUGUACUUGCCUCGACCUCUCUAAUCCAUGUAGCUUUAGUUUUUAUAAUUAAUAAGAAGCGGCACUGUGUUCAUGGAUUGGAUAAGAUUGGUGAACACUCACCAAGGAAUAGCCACCUCGGCUUUGAAAGAGAUUCAUGUCUACUAUUUUAAAGUAACUGAUAACGGAACCUUCUCUUUAUCUACUCGCUUUGCUAUGAACAGUAGCAGGUGCAUGCGGCGGAAUAAUUGAGAAUAUGCAAAAAUGUAUAGAAUUAGAGAGGAUUUAUCAAACGUCUCAAAAUUUAUAAAUUUAAAACCAACUGAGUCUUCUAGCAGGGAAAUUUAAAUUUAAAGGGGAAGAAAACUGUCCGAAAUUUGAUUACAAUCACUGACUCCUUUUAAAGAUUCGCGGAAUAUCAAGAAAAAACUUAAACCAGUACUACUGUUUAUUAUAGAACCUAAAGAUUAUUUCAAUAACGUUGAAGCUGAAAAUAAAUGUGAUAUCAUCAUAAAAAUAAUAGUGGCAAUUUUUUCCCCUAAUUUUUGCCGAUGCAACAGGUUUAAAACUAUCGGUAUCCGGUAUAUUGUACGAAUCACAAAUAAGUCGAAUAGAAACCGUGCGAAAAUGUUCAACGUAUAUAUAUAGCAAUAUAUUUAACAAAAAUAAAUAAAACGCUAUCGCUAUUA